AUGGCGCUAUACGGGACUUCCGACGCCUUGAUGUGCAGGGCAUUCCCAACAACCCUGCGGGGGCCAGCCCGCGCGUGGUACAGCAGUCUGAAGGCCGGGACCGUCGCCUCCUUCGACCAACUCGCCAAAGAUUUCGAGCUUAACUUCCUGGCUUACGCUCGACCAAAGCCGUCCGUGGCAUUACUCCUUGGACUCAACCAAAGGGAGGACGAGCCCCUCUCCCAUUUUGUGAACCGCUUUACGACGCAAAUUCGUGGGCUGUUAGAUGCUCACCCCUCUCUGUUGAUGCAGGCAUUCAUGACAGGCCUACGGCCUUCCAGGUUCUUCUGGUCUCUCGUGGAGCGACCCCCCGCCGCGGUCCCCGAAAUGAUUCAGCGUGCUGGCCAGUUCAUCGCCGCGAAGACAUGGAUGGCUGGGAAGCGGGAGGAGCACAAAAAAGUCAAGUCGAAGCCGCCCCGACAGCAACAACCCGCCGCGUCCCGUCGCAAGUUGGAUAGAUCCGACCCAAGGCCUCCUCUCCCCACCUUGAAUUCGUCACGAACGGAAAUAUUUCUCCAUGAGAAGGGGAAGGGACUCAAGGAGCCCCACCCAAUGAGGAACCCGCGAGAGCUCGCAGACCUGUCGUGA